UUCAAAUUGAAUGGAUAGUUAAUUAAAGAAGUUGACGACUUACAUGUAAAUCAAACCAACCAAAAAAACGAUCAUCUCGUCCAUCGUAUAUAUAUCUAUGUAUCUCUACAGAUGACUUCUAUACUAUAACAACAAAAGUCGAUCCAUCUCUUUAGUGGACGACCAUGUAUACCUGGUUCGUUGUCAUUGUUUCGGUCUGCUUGGCCGCCCUUAUCUUCCGCCGGAGAGACGGCAAGAAGCUACCACCAGGACCCUCGAUCCUCUCCUCCAACUUCCUACUGUUAACCAUUUCCGUAAUACAGGGCCUCAGUCCCAUCGUUACAAAUCUAAAAUCCAAAUAUGGACCUAUGAUCACUUUUUACUUCGGUUCUCGUCCUCUCAUUUUCAUCUGCAGCCAAGAUCUCGCACACGAAAUCCUCAUCCAGAAAGGUUCAAGUGUAGCUGACCGCCCUGGCGGCAUGAUAAAGCGUAUCAUCUCCACAACCCGGUACGGCCCAACUUGGAAGGCCCUUCGUGGCAAUCUUGCCACUGAGAUCCUACAACCCUCCCGCGUGAAGUCCUAUUCCUGGGUCCGCAAGUGGGCCCUUCAAACCCUCAUUGGUCGCCUGCAGCAGCAGCAGAAGGACGCAGCAGGAAUCAAGGUGGUUGAUCAUUUCGAACACGCUGUCUUCAGCAUGUUGGUGGUGAUGUGCUUUGGAAAGAAGCUUGACGAGCAUCUUAUUAAUGAAAUUAUUAGCAAGGUGCGUGAAGUGCUGUCUGCAUUCCAUCCCGGGAGUUUGAGUGUUAGCACACUUCUUGCUUUUCCAAGAUUGGGGAAGAUAUUAUUGAGAAAUAAGUGGAAGAAGUUGUUGCAAAUUCAGGAAGAUCAAGAACGAUUGUUGCUUCCGCUUAUUAAUUCUCGAAUUGAAGCUGUCAAUAAUUAUGAACCACAAUUAGGAGGGAAUCAAAUGGUGGCAUACGUUGAUACCUUGAUGCAUCUACAGCUUCCCAAGGAGAACGCAAACAACGGAUAUGGUGGAAAGCUGACAGAUAAGGAGAUGGUUAACAUGUGUAACGAGUUCCUUAACGCCGGCACAGACACCACCUAUAUUGCUCUACAAUGGAUCAUGGCUAAUCUUGUUAAGUAUCCUCACAUUCAGAGGAAGCUCUAUGAUGAAAUCGUCUCAGUGGUUGGACCCCCACCUCCACCGCCACCACCCGGGGUGGAACUGGAAUCAUUUAUAAGAGAAGAGGAUCUACAGAAUAUGUCAUACCUGAAAGCGGUAGUUUUGGAAGGGCUGAGGAGACAUUCACCAGCGCCUUUGGUGCUUCCCCAUAGGGCCCAAGAGGAGGUACAGCUGCAAGGAUUUACUAUUCCACGUCGUGCCACCGUUAAUUUCACUGUGGCUGAUAUGGGUCUCGAUCCAAAAGUUUGGGAUGAUCCCAUGGAGUUCAAGCCAGAGAGGUUCUUGCAGGUUAAUAAUGGUGUGUUCGAUAUAACUGGACGCAAAGGGAUCAAGAUGAUGCCAUUUGGUGUUGGAAAAAGAAUGUGUCCUGGCUAUGCUUUGGGCCUGCUUCACUUGGAAUACUUUGUUGCCAACUUGAUUUGGUAUUUCCAUUGGACUCCACCCGAUGGUCAUGAUGUUGAUCUCACAGAGAAGGCCGAGUUCACCAUCGUCAUGAUGAACCCUCUGCAAGCAAAAAUCUCUUCGAGGAAAGAUAAAAUAACCACUUGA